AGGUAAGUGGCAUAGCUAAAAUACUGAGUAAAGAUACCCUGUAUAAUCUUCUACAGCCUAAGACGAUCCCUCAUCAGUGCGAAGAUUUAAGAAUUGCAGUGAAAAUAAAACGUGAAGAAAAAUAGGAUCAAAUUGGAGUUAACCCUAAAUUAUCAGAGUGCCAACUGAGAAACUUUUUUUGACAGUGUGCUGCCUUUGAAAAGGUGUUUACUUUUAGAGAUCCAUUACUUGUGAGAUGCCUGGGCUACAUCUGACUUAGUUAUUAGCUUAUGCUAAAUCCUGAACCGAAACUUCACCUGGGCCUUCAUCUCAGAAAUUAACGUGGUCUGAAAGGGCUCCCAGCUGCAAAUGUCACCAGAGAACUUGGCCUUGGAAAAAAGAUUUCACUGUGUUCUCCAAGAUCUGGUUUCCAGAGAUUCUCUCCCUCUACCCCCCCCCACCUCUCACCCACCUCUCAGGGAAGCGUGUGAAGCUCAGUGUCCAGGCACCAUUUAUCUGCCAUCGUGAUGGGCUGCCAGUCCCCUUCCCAGGUGGUACCUCCCCAUCUACACAGGAGCGGGCUUCCCGCCUUUGCAAGCGGAGGUGGCAGGAAUGUGUACAGGGCCUCCCCAUCCGCCCAAGCUGUCUCGUCAUAGGUGUGGUGUGAAGGAACAUGAAAACAUGUCACUCCCCACUGUGAAGGUCAUUUUCCUAUAGACUCUUUAAUUCCUAACUUCCACCUUUUUUCUAGUUUUCUAAUCGUUUAGCUUAUUCUUAGCAUCAGGCUGGGGAGCAUUUUGAAUGAAAGAAAAUAUUGCUGGUGAAUUCCUUUCAGUGAAUGCACAGCACAGAGAGAGGGAGCUUUCUUUAGAGGGUGUUUUCACAGACUGUCUUCCGUAUUCAUUUGCGAUGUGUCAUGAUUGACGAAUGUGGGCAACUUCAGAGUGUCUGACACAUACGGAAAACGUGGAGACUGGAGAGAAAAGUUCCAGUAAUGCUUAGGCCCCAAAGUGGGGCUAAAGGCAGUUAGUCUGCUUGGAGGGGACGUUCCCCCAGGGGCGAGCAGCCUUGCCAUCUAGAGACUCAGCUUCUCUCUUCAGUCAGCGGAGGCUUUUUUUUUUUUAAACAAUGAAACCUCUCUGGCUUUUUCAAUGCCACUUUUUAGCUUCCAAAACAGGAAGAGGUUGUCGAGGAGCCAAAAACGCCCUGGAAAUGAAUCCUGGGGGGUCUGUGUCAAGGAGCAGAACUUGGCAGCACACAGCUGUGAGCCGAGGGAGGGGAGCAGCAAGAGGGUGGCAGGAGCACAGUGCUUCCUUCUUGGUGGGGGCAGGGGUGGGGGUCCCCGACACCAGACCCAUUGGGGGGAAGAGGAUUCUAAACCGUGAAUGAUGCUGCCCACAUCUCCUACACCAGCAUGCUGUAGACUGAGCAUCAGAUUUGUCAGGUGUGCUGGAGGUGGAAAAUGUUGCAGUUCCCUGGCCUGGGUGGCUGGGCUGGGGCACGUACUGCAGAGCAGGUACGACCUCAGUUGCCAGUGGUUUUAUGGUCUGAGAUUGAGGCCAGAACAGCUCACAGGGACUGGUAGAAAUGCAUCAUACCACAUACAAACGGAUCAGGUCUGAGUGGCCAACCCCGAAGCAUCUGGGAAACCCUCAGGGACCAGGGAGGGGCUGGAGGGGUCACCCGCCAGCCCAGGCCUCCAUUGGUAUGCUGUGUUACAGGACAUCCUUUGCCGUGGACCUCUGACUUCCUCUCAUGGGAAGUGGUCCAGGUUGUGAGGUUUUCUCGGGGUGUGGAGGUCACCAGAGCUGGCUGUCACCUAGCUGCUUUGUGUUCUGUUUCCUCAAAACAGAGCAUCCAAGACAGAACCCUACUGACUCAAGGCAUCCAAGGUUUAUAAUCUCCUGUUUGCUCAUUCACUCAUUCGGUGUGUAUUCUCUGAGCACCUGUCCCAGUCCAGGCACCACCUUAGGCUUUGAGGACACAGUGGAACAGCCCGAGAGGAUCCCCAUUCUGACUUACCAGGCAUUCAGUGGACCAGCCGCAGACUGCUCGAGGGGCCUCUCAUUGUGUCUUUCUGUUGCUGCAACAUUGAAAUUCCAACAAUCCUGUAGAUGAGGCAUUAAGAGCAGCCAGCACCAGGCGACGUCCUAUGGGUGUGUCGGGCAGGAGGUGAUAUUUGACGGGCUGCAGGCGCGGGCUGUGGAGCCAGGGCACCAGGCAGUGGGUGAGAGCAUGGCCUCCCGGGACCCGCCCGCCACCACCUACGCUCCGCCCGAUGUGCCCUCAGGGGUCGCACUAUUCCUCACCAUCCCCUACACCUUCUUCGUGCCAGAGCUGGUAUUUGGGUUCUGGGUCUGGAUCCUGGUAGCCGCCACCCAGGUAGCAAAUCCGCUGCUGCAAGGAUGGGUGAUGUACGUCUCGCUCACCUCAUUCCUCAUCUCCCUGAUGUUCCUGUUGUCUUAUGUGUUUGGAUUUUACAAAAGAUACGAGUCCUGGAAAAUCCUGGACAGCCUGUACCACGGCACCACCGGCAUCUUGUACAUGAGCGCCGCCGUCUUACAAGCGCAUGCCACGAUUGUGUCUGAGACCCAGGACCUGAAAAACUAUUUCAUAAACACCGCGGCCUCGUUCUUUGCCUUCAUCACUGCCCUGCUCUACAUCCUCCAUGCCUUCAGCAUCUAUUACCACUGAAGAGGCAGGGGCCUCGCCCACCUGGAAGAUGCUCUAGGAAAACCUGGAGCAUCGGCUCCUGGAAGUAGUUUCCAGCAUUCGCUGUCUGGAUGCGAAACAGAAGCUCAACGAUGACAUAGGGGAUCAACAGACCAUCUUUUCAGACUGAGUGAUGACAUCCCACUCAGGCAGAUCUGUUUGGACAUUUUAAUUCACUGUGAUGAAUAUGAAAAAGCCGGGGCUGGGGGGCUUUGUUGUUUUGUGUUGUUUUGUUUUGUUUUGCCUGGGAAAGUAACUGUCUCUUGGAAUUAUCUGACAAUGAACCUCGCUCUUCUGGAAAGCUAACAUCUGAAGCUAUUGCCGUGGAAAAUUCCAGCUCAACCGUCAUCACACCUGUUUGGUGACGUCACACCUCAGCCAGGAGAUUCCCACAGCAGGUUUAUGGGAACCGUCAUGAUUUCCUUAAAAUGGAAAUGGUGCUGUCAACGCUUUCAGAUCUGAAGACUCACAGACCUUGUUCCAGUGGUCCCACCUCUUUUGGCCGCCGUGGUCCAGACCCCCUGCCCCUCCCACCCUGCCCGACCCCCAUUCAUGUCUCCUCUCCUUCCCUCCCCAGAUUUGGGACCCAAGGGAAAUCUGUGUAAAAUCAGCUUUGAGGGUAGAUUUGUGGGGAAAAAGACGCAUGACUGCAAAAUUGUUAUACAGUAAGGACUCUGGGCGGGGAGUGGGGGGCACAAGGGGUCAGGAAGGAAAAGUUUUUUGUUGGGUGUUUUUGUGUGUGUCUAUUUAGGGCCGGACCCUCGGCAUAUGGAAGUUCCCAGGCCAGGGACUGAAUUGGAGCUGCAGCUGCCGGCCAACACCACAGCCACAGCACCACUGGGUCCAAGCCACAUCUGCAACCUACACCACAGCUCAUGGCAAUGCCAGGUCCUUAACCCACUGAGCAAGGCCAGGGAUCGAACUCACAUCCUCAUGGGUACUAGUCCGGUUCGUUAACCACUGAGCCACUACGGAACUCCUAACCUGCUUCUUAAGUCAGAUUGCUCAGCUGAAUGCCUGAGUCAGGCCUCCAAGAUCCGGCUGCUUAAGGACUGGCCCUCAGCAACGACCUUGGGGAAGAAGCCAGAUGUUACCUGCAAGGAUUCUCCUCAAAGAAGCCACAAAGGCCCCACCCCCAGGUCUUGCUUUUCCACGUGCCUCCCCCAGUGGUCCAGCUGGGUGGGGUCUGGGACCACCCAGUCCACCUCCUGCAGCGAAGGGCUCCCAGGGGCCUGGAUGUGCAAAGGCAUUUGCACUUCAGGACCAUUUUCAAAGGCAGCCAGAAAUGUAAGAUCCGGGUGCUUGAUCUCCAAGGAAAUGUUUUUCAAAAGAAGGCUGUGCUCUCUGCUCUCUGGCCCUGUGCUGGGGUUCCAGCUGCCUGUCCCCAGUCUCUGACACGAGUCAGGGUCAGUCUCCUGGCCUGAGUGAGGACUCAGCCCAGUAACGCCUGGGCCUGCUGCCAUUUUAAAAUGAAAUUAUUAGGUAGAAGGGACUUGUCUUAGCUGAUUCCAGGGCUUACAAUUUUGUAUCAACUCUUUUCUGCUUCCGGGGUGGUGGUGGUGGGGGAAAUACAGGGGAGGGGGAGUCAUGGAGAGAAAAUUCUGGCUUCACUUUUGACAGCUCACUUUCUAAUCCUAUCCCCAUUGCUUGAAAAGCCACUGUUUAUCUCUCACGUUAUUGCCUGGCAGCUGCUGGGAUGGUCACUGUUAAUAUUUACUUGAGUAGCCACAUCCAAAUAAAAGUCCUUUGUACAGUAAAAA